AUGGAGCACAAGCAGCAGCAAUACGACCUGCUGAGCAGGAGCGACUUGAACAGGUAUCCUUACUCUGCGAGUGUUGGUUUCGUUGGAAGUCGGUACCUGAACAUGCGGAUCCAGUCCUCCUCGCAGAUCGUCAUGGUUCUCGCCGCCGGCAUCUUCAUGCCGAUGGCGAUCGAGCACUCCAACAAGAGGCAGCAAACAAUGCACCUUCCCACGCUGCUCUGCACGUUCCUGACCUUCUUCUGCGGGCUCUCGCUCCGCGGCCUCGUCGGGGAGUGUUUCUGCCCCAUACCGGGUCCCCGCCGGUACGUCGCCAUCAAGUCGCUCGUCCACGCCUGCGCCCUCCUGCUCGUCUCCCUCUCCUUCUCCCUCUCGCUCAUGAUGCGCAUGAACGUCGUCGCGACGUCCGCCACCGUCGCCGCGGCGGCGGCGUUCGUGGCGCACCGGCUGUGGCAGUGCGCGGCGACGGGGCUCAGGGACGACGUGGACGCGUACCGGAACUGCGAGGAGCAGCUCCAGCAGCUGCUCGACCUGUCCACCAGCGUCACGUCCACGCUGUUCGGCGGCUGGUUCCGCGACGCGCGCUUCGUCCCCUCCGAGUACCUCACCUUCUUCACCUCCGUCGCGGCGUCGCUCAUGCUCCUCAAGGCCGUCCGGAAGAGGGCGCGGGGCCCGCAGCAGGUGACCGAGCUCGUGGCGCUGCUCUACGCGCUCGUCGCCGGCGUCGCGGCGACGGCGCUCGUCAUCGCGGCGUCCAAGGUGCGCGGCUACGCGGCGCUCGCGCUCGCCCCCGAGGCGGUCGCGCUCGCCGCGUGGUGCGCGCGGCGGCUGGACGGCAGGCCGGGCAGGCGGCUGAGGCUGCUCCCGCUACGCGUUCAGGACCUUCUGAACUACAGCGGCGUCCACGGCGAGCCGCCCGGGCACGGCUUCGUGAGCGUGUCGUUGCCGCUGCUGCUGGGGGUGCUGACCUACCGCGCCAAGGACAUCGAGCGGGCGCUGUCCACCCUGUACGACGAGGCGUUCGUUCUCGUCACCGCCGCCGCCGCCUUGGCAGCGCUGGGGUGGAGGCUGCUCACGCAGCCGCCGAUGCUAACAAGAUACCCGGAGGCUCAGGCGGCGGCGACGGUACUGGCGUUCUCCACGUACUCGCUGCUCGUCCUCAGCGUGCUGACAUUCCUAGGCGUCAUACUUGGUUUAUAGUAGUUACCAACUUACCAUUACUACAUGAACUGUUUGUAGGACCGAUUGAAUACUACAUAAACUGUUUGAUUGCUGCUAAUCAACCAAUCUACCUAUAAUGAAAGCACACAAAUCUUCCAGACAGCAAGAAGACCAACAGGUUGCACAAUAUACCUAUAAUGAAAGCUGCUUGACUGCUGCUAAUAAACCAAUCUACAAAUAACCCUAA